AUGUGUCAUGAAUUCUAUCUAUCUAUCUAUCUAUCUAUCUAUCUAUCUAUCUAUCUAUCUAUCUAUCUAUCUAUCUAUCACAAAUUUGUUCAUUAUCUAUCUAUUUAUCUAUCUAUCUAUCUAUCUAUAGAGAGAAAGAUAUUCUGUUCAAUUAAAUCUAUCUAUCUAUCUAUCUAUCUAUCUAUCUAUCUAUCUAUCUAUCUAAGUCUGUUCAAUUUAAUCUAUCAUUCUCAGUCUGUUCAAUUCAAUUCAAUCUAUCUAUCUAUCUAUCUAUCUAUCUAUCUAUCUAUCUAUCUAUCUAUCUAUCUAUCUAUCUAUCUCAGUCUGUUCAAUUUAAUCUAUCAUUCUCAGUCUGUUCAAUUCAAUUCAAUCUAUCUAUCUAUCUAUCUAUCUCAGUCUGUUCAAUUUAAUCUAUCAUUCUCAGUCUGUUCAAUUCAAUUCAAUCUAUCUAUCUAUCUAUCUAUCUAUCUAUCUAUCUAUCUAUCUAUCUGGGAAUAUAUGCCUACUGUAGGGAAAAUUAUGUCCUUGAUUAGAGAAUCGGUCCAUUCCUUAACUUCUUCUUCUUCUUCUUCUUCUUUCUUCUUCUUCUUCUUCUUCUUCUUCUUCCAUUUCUUCCAUAAGAGUGAUCUAUCUACCUUCAUAUCUAUUUAUGCCAGUCUGUUUAAAUCUAUCUAUCUAUCUAUCUAUCUAUCUAUCUAUCUAUCUAUCUAUCUAUCUAAGCCAGUCUGUUCAUAUUUCUCUAUCCAUAUCAGUCUAUUCAUAUCUAUCUAUCUAUCUCUAUCUAAUCUAUCUAUCUAUCAAGUCUGUUCAUAUCUCUCUAUCCAUGUCAGUUUCAUAUCUCUCUAUGUCAGUCUGUUCAUCUCUCAGUCUAUCUAUCUAUCUAUCUAUCUAUCUAUCUAUCUAUCUAUCUAUCUAUCUAUCUAUCUAUCUAUCUAUCUAAGCCAGUCUGUUCAUAUGUCUCUAUCAUGUCAGUAUCUAUCUAUCUAUCUAUCUAAGCCAGUCUGUUCAUAUUUCUCUAUCCAUAUCAGUCUAUUCAUAUCUAUCUAUCUAUCUAUCUAUCUAUCUAUCUAUCUAUCUAAGCCAGUCUGUUCAUAUCUCUCUGUCCAUGUCAGUCUAUUCAUAUCUAUCUAUCUAUCUAUCUAUCUAUCUAUCUAUCUAUCUAUCUAUCUAUCUCGGUGUUUGAUCCAUUCUUUUAACACUCCAACUCUGCUGGGUGUCAUUUUCCUGUACUUUGCUGUUGGUUAUCUAAGAAACUCCGUUGCCCUACAUUAUCUGCAGAAACAUUCUACUAACUUAUUCUGUCUGUCUGUCCGUUGGCUAUCUAUCUAUCUAUCUAUCUAUCUAUCUAUCUAUCUAUCUAUCUAUCUAUCUAUCUAUCUAUCUAUCUCAGUCUGUUCAUUAUCUAUCUAUCUAUCUAUCUAUCUAUCUAUCUAUCUAUCUAUCUAUCUAUCUAUCUAUCUCAGUCUGUUCAUUAUCUAUCUGCAUGUUUCAUUAUCUAUCUAUCUAUCUAUCUAUCUAUCUAUCUAUCUAUCUAUCUAUCUAUCUAUCUAG